CCUUUCCUCCACCAUAGGCAAACUUCGAACUCCGUUGACGCCACUUUCAAUAUCAUGACUGCUUAUCUUUCAUCCGACACCAGCGAGCUUUGACGAAAGGAAGAUAGCCACCUACCAAUGGAUGCGACGAACAGAAGAAGUUCUUCCUAAAACAGCCUAGCAAAUCGAAGGUGACGGAGACCGGCGAUUGGAGGUGACAGACUACCACCACUGACCGAAGCCAUGGAAACUGAUAAUGUAGCUUUGGGUGAACGAUUCUCUCCUGAGGUUCUGGGUUUUAUGCAGCUUGCUAUCGAUCAGGCAAAGCUUGCAUUGGACAGCCUUGAAGUUCCAGUUGGCUGUGUGAUUGUUAAGGAUGGGAAUGUUGUUGCGGCAGGAAGAAACCGGACUAACGAGACACGGAAUGCAACGAGACAUGCAGAGAUGGAAGCUCUUGAUGUUCUUCUUGUACAGUGGCAGAGGACUGGAUUUUCGGCUGCAGAAGUUGCAGAGAAGUUUUCAGCAUGCUCCCUUUAUGUGACAUGUGAACCAUGCAUAAUGUGUGCAGCAGCAUUAUCUAUCAUUGGUAUAAAGGAAGUAUAUUAUGGCUGUGCAAAUGAUAAAUUUGGAGGCUGUGGCUCAAUACUGUCGUUGCAUUCAAGUAGCUCUGAGGCAUGCAUUAGUAUUGGGAAUUCUGGAUCUAAGGGUUUCAAAUGCUGUGGGGGUAUAAUGGCAUCAGAAGCCAUUUCUCUUCUGCGAGAUUUUUAUGAACGAGGAAACCCUAAUGCUCCAAAGCCUCACAGGUCACGGGUUACUCAGGCUUCUCAUUAGAUCUAUGUGCAUUGAUUCUUCCUGUUGAAUCUUCUUAUGCCUUUGCACAACUAGGGACCUGAGAAAGGAAGCGUGAUGCACAUCCGGAUCAGUUUUUGCCUAGAUGUUCAUGUGUUUAUUGAGGGUUGUAGCUGUGAUCACAAGUCCAUUUCAUGCUUUAACUUGAUUAUCAGAUUGUAAGAUACUUUAUUGCAUGACCCUGUGUAGGCAUCACUUUUCUGAUGCUAAUUUUUGUCAUCAAAAUAUUCAGUAAUCUAGCUUGAUUUUUUUUAUGAGCUUUC